GGUAGCAAAACGACAGGACGCGAAAAUGGACGAAACAACCAAAGAAAACCUACCGAAUCAACCCGAGACGAGCAAGGAGCCGGAUCAGGGUAUGACAGAAUACACAACUGUCAGCGGGAUAACAGCCGACACCAAGGAACCGCCUAAGGAUCACAACGACGCAGCAGAGGAACUGUCAGCUUCGUCAGAGGAUCAAAACCCACUCGAGUAUCCAAGCUUUUCCCCGCAGCGGACAUCAGAGGAACGGCAAAUGGAUCAAGCGACCGAGUCAACCAAAGAAAUAUUAUAAAACAUUAUUUAGCAUGUAUAACCUAUAUAAUAUAUUAAUAUUAGUUGUAGCUUAACCACAUACUUUAGUUUAUUUCAAGAAAUCAUAAUUAACACAUAAUAACCAUUCAUACAAAUCUAAUAUACAAGAUAUAUGCAGACACAACAU